UCCUUUAUUGGCAAAAAAUUUAAAUUUUCAAUUUAGUCCCUCAACAAUUUCAUAAUUCUCGUACAUAUCCUUCUAUAAAUAGAAUAAUUUUCUUUUCUUUUUUUUUUUAAAAAAUCUUUUUUACUUCCUGUUUUUGCAAAAGCACGCAGAGAAACUUCAUCAUCAUGUCGCGGCAGAGAUCCAAAAGAUUCGACCUUCCUCCCGCUCUAGUGAAUAUUGAAAAAUUGGAGCAAGUUGUGAAAGAUGGAAAUUAUUAUGGAGCUCAACAGAUGUAUAAAUCUCUUAGUGCAAGAUAUGUAGCUGCUGAGAGGUACUCUGAAGCAUUAGAUCUCUUACAUUCAGGAGCAUGCCUUCAAUUGGCUAAUGGGCAGGUUACAUGUGGAUCAGAGCUUGCGUUAUUGUUUGUGGAGACAUUAGGCAAAGGGAAAAUUCCAUAUGACGAUGAAACUUUUGAUCGUCUCAAAAAAAUAUAUGAAGGAUUUCCUCGGGUUCCUCUCCCACAACACCUGUGGGAUGUCGAUGACAUGCAAAAACUUUCAGAAAACAUUGGAAGUGCAAAGACGCAUGUUGAGGGAUGCUCGUCAUUCUUAAAGGCUGCUAUCAAGUGGUCUGCUGAAUUUGGAACAUGUAAAACUGGAUCUCCAGAACUGCACAUUUUGCUGGCUGAAUACAUAUUUUCUGAAAGUCCUGAGGUGGACAUGAAUAGAGUGACAUAUCAUUUUGUGAGAGGAGAUAAUCCGAAGAAGUUCGCUACUACACUAGUGAACUUUUUGGGAAAGUGUUAUCCCGGUGAAGAUGAUUUGGCCAUUGCUCGGGCUGUUUUAAGGUAUUUAUCUUUAGGUAAUUUGAGGGAUGCAAACAUACUAGUGGACGAGAUAAAGGCGCAAACUCAAACUGGUGAUGUUGACUUUCCAAAGACAGACUUGAUGCAGUUCAUCAAUUAUCUUUUGCAAACGAUGGAGAGAGACGCUUUUCCCCUUUUUAAUAUGUUGAGAUCAAAUUUCAAGCCAUGUAUCGAGAGGGAACCUGCCUUCAAUGAGUUGCUAGACGAUAUUGCGGAGAAGUUUUAUGGCGUACAGCGAAGGAAUCCUAUGGGGAUGUUUGGAGAUAUAUUCAAGAUGAUGGGGGCUGAGUAGUGACAUUCAUGAUCAGAGACUCUACUGCUUGAUCAUCAACUUCUACAGAAGAUUCCAAUAAUUAUAGCACCUUUUUUCAUAUAUAGAGCGUAUUCAUGUCGCGAACAAAAUCUCUGUAAUUUAUUGAUAAUGUUUAUUUUGAUGAAUAUGUAAUGAUUUGUAAAUGCUAGUUUCACAAUUUUGAAAAUGUCUACUGUCUCAAAAUUACUAGAUUAUGAAUGUUACUGACAAAUGAGGUUCAUAAUGCCAACAAAUCAUUUAACUUA